AUGGCUGAGAAAAGUGAAGAAAUUGAAAAAUUUGAUGAUGUUGUUGCUGAAGCUUACCGAGACGUUGAUGAAGAAGAUGAGCUACUUGUGCUGAUUAUUGUGUUCUCAGUUAUUAGUGUUAUAUUGGUGAUUUACUAUAUUUAUGUCUACAAGUGCUUGAAAUCACAGGAAGAAAGCCGAAAUGAAGAAACCUUAAGAUUGAAUCAGAUUUCUCGGACAAUCAUUUUCAUCCUUCUGCAAACUUAUGCUACGACUUUAGUUGAUGCUGCAAUUGACAAUGCUCAACAUUUGGAAAAACAAUUGAAAGAUGAUCCAAUGAAAAUAAAUAAAAGCAAUACACUAAACCAAGAAUAUACCAAAAUGUUGUCAAGACAUGAAAUUGAAAUUGUAAAUCCAAAACAUGUCAAUUUUAUAACAAAAGUCGUUAAAAAACCUGCAAGAAUUGACGAAAUAAUACUUUGGAUCUGUAUUUUUGCAGGCAUUUUAGUGACUCUUCUAUUAGCUUUGUAUCUGAUGUGCAUAACUGAAUGUAAAUCAGAAGAUCCAAAAACAUCAUAUUUGAAUAAUGACGAACUUAACCAAAUACUAAUCAAAAAAUAAAAUUAUUUUUUUAAAAAUGAAAAUUCUCAAAUCUAACUUGCAAACCAGAGCUCGAAGUCGAUAAGGUUCGAGUCGACUCGAUUCAACUCGAGUCAACUUCGAGCUCUGUUAAAAACUUCAUUCCAGCAUAAAGUCAGUAAAAUUCAAAAUUUUAUCUCAACUGAGCAAUUAAAUAAUUUCAAACAUUAAACACAAAAUUAUUCAAAGUUCCUAAAAAUUUUAUUCACAUCUUCACAGCAGUAAACUUCCAUCAGAAGUCCCCAAAUAUCCAAUCGAGUUCAAUAUUGAGUCAACAAUAACCCAAACUCCCAAACCACCGAAACUAAAUAAUUUUCCAAUUCCUUCUUGCCAGUGUCCAAGAUAAAAUCGAUCAACUCCAAAUCCACCCAAUGUUAUGCUCAGCACCAAGGCUGUAAAGUAUUUUGAUCCUCUCGUCCAAUUACAUUUUACAUUCUUUGGAAAUUGACGAGAUCCGAGGCAUAAAACAUUCGGUUUUACUGUGCAAUUUGUCUUGUAAAAUCCAUAUGCUGAAUUGCAGUUUGUGUUCUGUUUACAGUCAUGUUCCCAUGGUUCUGUAAGGAAGCAGUAACGACACGUAAAAUAUCUAGAGAAAGUUCGCUGUUCUUUUCCAUUUUCAAUUUCUGCAAUGCACUGGACUUGUGAUCGUGGAUCACAUGUAGCGCGAGAUGUCUCACCAUAUGUACAGCCGAGCUCGUAAGUGCAUCUGAUGCAUGGAAAUUGAAGGUCUGAGCAAUUUGUUGUGUUGUGGCCGCAAGUUGAUGGGUUGAAAUUUCGUUCCUGGAAUGUUAAGAUAAAGUUUUAAUGUUGGGAAGUUAAAUAAAGAAUUUAAGAUCGUCAAGGUUGAUCUGGUUUGGUCUUCCCGUUAUCUUUCAAGAUUUCCUUGUAAAACAACUCCUGGAAGACGAUGGAGCAACAAUAUUACGUCCCUGAUAGACAUAAAGUCCACAUCACACACUUGCAUCCCAUAUUGAAUACCAUAAACCCUCAAAAAUGCACAUUUAACUGAAAUUCAUACUAAAUCAUAAUUGAUGUACUGACAAAUAUACUUACGUCAUCCUGACUCAACGAAUAUUGACUAUCAGAAUGAGAUGAAUUUUGCCUCAGUGCUUUCAUGCUUUGGUCGUUUUUAUCGUCGAUUGCUAAAAUUGAGAAACAUUAAUAAUUAAUUUUCUGGUUGAAUCUCAAACUAUAAACUCAAGAGCAGACACUAAGAGCACAUGUAGAUUAAGAGUAGUUGUUGGAUCAGGUGUGUACCAAAAAACCAACCCUGGCUCCCAUCUUCUUGAGUUAACUCUAACUACACUCAAAAAACCAGCUCUAUCCAAAUUUAAGGUUCUGCUUUUAGAUUAAGAAAAGCUAGUAUAGACUGAGCAGACAAGAUACUAGUCAUUGAAUUCAGAGACUUAGAUGGUCACUUACCAGUUUCUGUGUAUUUGAUGUAAUUCGCCGCUAAUGACACAAACAUGAAUGCGACGAAUUUAAUGUCUACCACAACUCUUCUAGGCAUCUUUAACUGAUUAUGCUUUGAUCAACAGUAAGUUCAGCUACUAGCUGGCUUCUAGCUUUAAGCUUUGUCAGAUAGAAUUUUGCGAUUUCAAAUUGAAAUGAUAAGUUUUAUUCAGGAUGAAAUUUUCAGUCCCAAAUUAAAUCAUAUUAUGAGCUGAUUUUGAAGAAUUUAAGAAACUUUCACAAGUUUCUGUUUCAUAAUAAAGUCAAUAAUAAUGAAAUUGUAGACCGAAAACUUGUAUUUCUAAUUAUCUUUAAUUUUUCUUAAAUUUUUCUCAAUUCUCAAUUUUUUUCAAUCCA